CUGCAGUGAAAUAAAGUAAAACUCCUCAAUCGAAAGCCACGCCGUUCACCAGUGACUCGUGACAAAAGAAGAUUGCCAUCGGUGAAACAGUUUGUUUAUGUUGAUUGAACCAGCGGCAUCUUCUCCAUGGAUUGCUUCGUUCUAUGCCGUCUCUGAUUUACCGUCGUCCUCCCGGUGUUCCACGCAACUUUUGUGGAUAAUCGAUGAUAGUGCUCUUAUUAUUGUUGUUUCCACUGCUACUAGAAGCAUAACAAUACGGCAGCAUAUAGGAUAUUGGAGUUCGAAAGGCCUGCCCACCGACCAUCUGAAAACUUCCUGAUCGGCUUAUCAUCGCUUCCAAACCGCUGGAGUAGUAGCAUAUUAAUAUAACUGACGACAACGAAACAGUAAACGAAAGAAAUAUGCCGAGCUAAAAGGAAGGUGGUAACUUUUUACAUCCAAAUCUAAAUUGGGAAAAAUCACAACGAAAAAAUCUGUAGGCGACCGCCCACCCUCGCCUGUCUCGCAAGUCAGCAACUUAGUUAAGCCAAGCACCAGGAAUCCUGCAGUCGGCAAGCAUCCUUUUCUUCCGCAUUCUUUAGUGGAACAACAUAGACAUCAAGAAAUUUCGUUUCGGAGGUGAUGCCAACACAAACUAUCGGCGAACCGAAGCGAAAAUGUUGGCGAACCGCGAUAGAACAACUUUUCGCAGCUGCGUAGCUCCUUGAUCGGCAAAUGUAAUCAACCCUCUCGCCAGCGCGAGGGUGGAUAAAGGAACAACAAUCCAAAACCGGGGCAACAGAAUACAUACGGUGCGAACGUCGGACGAGAAAGUAAUUGAGCCAAGCAGAUCUCAGCAAGCAUUACUAUUACACGGCCUACUGAAGCUGAAGAAUCUGUGGAUGUUUUAUGUUGCCUGCGUUUUGUGCACCUUGCGUUGCCAGCCGUUGAAUAGGCGAAGCAGACGCCUUCCGGCCUCCCUGGAGGACGACGACCGUCGGGCCCUUUUCUAGUGCGUCAGUGCGUCGUCUGACAUUUGUUUUUGCAGUACAAAUAAUUGUUAAGAUAUUCCACGGAGGAGACAAGCAAUCGGACGUGAAAAAGAGAAACACUGUUGGGAAGAAGGGAGAACAACGCUAUGGCACCCAGUCAAAAAGUUACAAAAAAAUGGGAAAUUUUCGCCGGUCGGAAUAAGUUCUUCUGCGACGGAUACCUGAUGACGGCCCCAAACUCGGGUGUGUUUUAUUUCACGGUCAUACUGAUCACGGGCACCAGUGUGCUGUUUUUUGUGUUCGACUGUCCCUUCCUGGCACAACGUAUCACACCAGCCAUCCCAGCCAUCGGUGGGAUUCUGUUCAUUUUUACGCUCAGCUCACUCUUCCGGACGGCCUUUAGCGAUCCAGGCAUUAUCCCACGAGCCUCCCAGGAUGAGGCGGCCUACAUCGAGAAGCAGAUCGAGGUGCCGAACUCGCUCAACAGUCCCACGUACCGGCCGCCACCGCGCACCAAAGAGGUGUUCGUGAAGGGGCAGACGGUCAAGCUAAAAUACUGUUUCACGUGCAAAAUCUUCCGGCCACCGAGAGCCUCCCAUUGCAGUUUGUGCGACAACUGCGUCGAUCGCUUCGAUCAUCACUGUCCGUGGGUGGGAAAUUGCGUUGGAAAACGAAACUAUCGGUUCUUCUACAUGUUUAUCGUCUCUCUGGCGUUUCUAGCAGUAUUCAUAUUUUCUUGCACAACGACGCAUCUAGUAAUGUUAUUAAAGGAAGAUAAUCAGUUCAUUGACGUCGUCAAGCGAACUCCUUCCAGUGUGAUAAUAGCGGUAAUUUGUUUCUGUUCCGUGUGGUCUGUUAUCGGGUUGGCCGGGUUUCACACUUAUCUGACUACGAGUGAUCAAACAACAAAUGAAGAUAUCAAAGGUUCAUUCAGCUCAAAGGGUGGCCAACAGGCGAUCAACCCGUACUCGCAGGGGAAUAUUUGUUUGAACUGUUUCCACAUCCUGUGCGGUCCGAUAACUCCCUCACUGAUCGAUAGACGCGGAGUCGUUACCGACGAGUAUCGAACGCAAAUGCAGGCGCCGGACAAGUACAACAGUGCCACCGUGCCACCGUUGGUCGUGAUGCAGCCGGGAAUGGAUACAUUGAACAAGCAUUACAGUUUGGACCACGAACUGCAAAAUGGGUCCAACGGUGGAAGUGGCGGUGGCAGCGGGAACGGUGGCGUCUACCGGCAGCGCAGCUACGAUAACUUACAAAAUGAUAAAUCCAACAGCGUGGCACACCUGGUGGAUAACGAGAUCCCCCUGUCGACGACGGGAAACGUAUCGGCGUGUGUGGUCGGGGUCGAAGACACCACCACUACGACAGUGCUACUUGACGACGACGGAUUGGAGAUGGAGCCGACUGCGUUCGGACACCACGGGAACCACCGUGCACCGACAGUGGACGAUGGCAAUAACAAGCAGACGACGGGCAGCUACACCAACCUUUUUCGCGAUUCCUCCUCCAACGGUGUAGGAGCGAACACCCUGGGCAAGCACCACCACCACGCCGGUUACGGUGGGCUGAUGAUGAGCGACUGUGAUAAAAUACAGAGCGCCGACGAAAUCAUCAACGUGAGCGAGCUGAUGAUGGUGUGCAGCGUUAGCGGGCACGAGAACGUGUACAGUAACGUUCCACCGGCCCAGAUUUCACCAUCCGGUUCGGCUGUGGGCCUGCUCUCCUCGCCAAAGCGAACCAGCCUGGGAAGUAGUAACAUGUCUUCGUCGGCGGCGGCGGUCGAUGUUGGUAGCUCGGGAAGCGGUGGUAGCGUUCCGCUACAGCAUGUCUAUUCCAAUGUGGCGUCGUCCACCUCGGAGGUUGUACCGCAAAGCCAACAUCAACAUCCACAACAGCAUCAUCAGCAGCAGCACCCACAGCAACAGCAUCAGGCUGCGAAUGGAGGAAGCAGUAAUAACAGUAGUAGUAACCACAAUCAUCAUCACCAUAAUCAUACCCAACAUGGUCAUAGUCACCAGCAUCCGCUCGAUCCACUGGACGAUCCCGCCCAGCUGCUUAGUUCGUCCUUCAUCAGCAACGAUCUCGAUCUCGACGAUCCCGUGCUCACGAGCGCGUUUGCCUCCCCGAAAGCACCAGCACUGCCAACGGUAUCGUCACCAUCGUCCUCGUUGCCAUCGGGUGGCGCAGGGAAACUGCAGUCGCCAAGUGUGCCAGGCCACGGGACGACCCAGCAGCAGCAACAGCAGCAGCAGCAGAUCGUCACGCCACUUAAAUCCAAAACAUCUCAGCCGAUUACAACGAUCGAAAUGAAGAACGUCAUCAAAACGCUCGAUCCGAACGUGAUAAUUCAGCAGCAGCAGCAGCAAACAAACACCAACGGCACAGCGAAUAUUGCCAGUGGCAACCAUCACAGCAACAACAACAACGGUGGCUCGCCGAUGUUCAUUUCACCAAGUGCUAGCCGAAUGCGGCUGCUGCAGGAAUCGACCAUGAUCGAUACGGCGCUUGAUCUGGACAGUCUUGAUGGUUCCAUCGGGAAUCACUCACAGUCCUGCCUAGUGAAGACAGCCAUCGUGUGAGGGGAGGCCGACGAGUAGUUGCACUGUUUUAACUGACGAACAAAAAAAUUAAAACAUUCACAAUAAUGGAAAGUACGAAGAAGAAUUGGUGCCUGUGUGGAAGCACUUACAUUCCGAAUGCCGGCUCGUUGUAAUGUAAAUAACUAAACUAAUAGUCGAAUCACAAUAGAAAGUACACGAUGCUGAUUAACCGUUUGUUUGCGUAUGUGUGUGUGUGGGGUGGAGUUAAGGAGAUGGUGAAACGGCAGACUUGCACCGAUUGUCCAAAGACCACUAGGAUAUGCAAGGCGAAUGUAUGAACAUUUCAAACUAGCAGAAACUAAAUGAUAGACGAUUCUUCGCGCCACACAAUGUACGUACGUGUGGAUGAGGGAAGACAAGGUAAACAAACAAAAACAAAAAUAGACCACCCGUGACAAAAAUACCAAGAACGAUCGACCACAUCCUACCGAUGGCUUUUUGCUGCUUUUCGCUAACUAAUUAAUUUUGUCCGCUUUUGUCCGCCAACUAUAUUCGCUCCUGCUCACCGCUCAUGCAUGGAGGAACUUUAUGUAAUUUAGUGGAACAAAAUGGGAGCAUAUUUAUCGGUUUGUGCAACGAAUACGAUGAAUAAUGACGACACGUACGAUCGCCGGAGUGCGCCAAACUGUUCGGAGACCGAGCGCGAGUAGAACAUGAUUAGAGUGUGUAUAUUUUCAUGUGUCUUAUAUUUACGGUUGUUUUCCGAGCGAAACGCAUGCGUCGGUACAAGCGACCGGCAAAAACACAGGGAUUCGACAACUCGAUUCGGUACACAGGGACUUGGAACUUUACCGAAAGGGUAAACGGAAAGCAGAGUGAUGGAGUGAGCUAGAGAACAAUUUGCAAACCGUGACGGUAAAACGAAUGUUUUCUCAAGUUGCUACUAGUUGAUAAUAAAGUAAUUCGUGCAUUAAAAAUGUUCAUGUGAUUGGUUUA